AUGGCUGUUCCUCAAAAGCGUUGUCCAUCUCAAGAGUUUGAACAACAACCUCAACAACAACCUUACAUGUUGUCCAAGAGAAGAAAUACCGGUUCUUUCUCAUCAUUAUCAAACGAUAAUAAUGCACCAAGAAAGUUCUUAUUGAACCCUUCUGCUUCUGUUUCUUCUACAAAUAAUAUUGAUAAUGAUGAUGGGAAAUUAUUAUCCAAUACCAAAUCUAAUGGACUUUUAUCAAUUCCUGCAUUUAGGUUGACCAAGAAUAAAGACUAUUAUUGUUCCGAUUAUGAAGAUCGCGUAUCCGAUAGAUCAAGAAUCAAUAACACUCCCCUAUUAAAUCAAAGAUUGGAAGAUAUCUUGUUGAAAUACACAGAUUCCGAAUCCGACGAUGAUGACGAAAAUGUAGCUACCACUAAUAAUAAUUUAAAAGUCGAAUUUCCAGCAGGUUCUGGUUAUUUGCAUACUCCACCUGUCACAUCCAACAAUAAUGGAUCUUUGAUUGACACUAAUGAUUCCAUUUCAAACAUGUCCACUCUUAAGCGGAAAUUGUCAAUGUCAAGAAACGGAUCUAUCUCUUGUACUUCAAGAAGAUCUUCGUCACAAAUCCCAAACUCAGAUCUAAUCGCUAGAGAACGGUGUUUUGAUUACAUCGUUCAAUGUAUCGAUGAAACUUGGGCAAGAUAUUGCGAUACCACUUCUAACGCAGAAGUUAUUGCCUAUGGUGAAACAAAUUCCAAUUCAUCAUCUUGGAAGAAUAAAAGAUCAACCCUAUCAUCUCAUUUGUCAUCAUGUCAUUCUACCACUGGUUAUAUUAAACCAUUGAAAAUAUCAGAUAGCGAAACUGAUAUUGAAGAUGAAAAUAACCCUAACUCAAAUUCCCAUUUGAAUAUUCAUAUGAAUUUGAAUUUUAAAAAAAAUCUUUCUCAAGGACAUACUACAGAUGUAGAUGAUAUUGAUGAAGAAAACGGUAUCGAAUAUAAAUCAGAUACUACUAUUCCUACAGACUGUGAAAGUGAAACUCAUGACCGUCGGGCUGUUUCCACUUUACCUGAUUCUGUUAAAUUGCAAUCCUUAAAACAUAGAUUGACUAAAGCUAAAAAUGAUAUGGAACAAACUUAUGAUUCAAACAAUAUCGAUGAUUCCAUAUUGUUCUGGAGAAGAUGGGAUAUGAUAAAAUAUAAUGCCGUCGAAAUGAUGGAAGAAGAUGAUGAUGAUGAUUUAAUCGAUUCCGUUAUCGAUGAAUUAGAAUUUGGUAGAUAUGUUACUGAUUGA